AUGUUCCGCAUCGCCCGUCAAGGAGCAUCGUUUCUCAAACCGCCACGGCCCAUCCAGUACAGCACCAAUUCGCACUUCCCACGACAUCAUACAGUAUUACUCAAUCAUUGCUCAUUGUUUCUCAAUAUGGAAGAUCCCUUCGUUGACGACUUUUCCCCAUCCCGAGCCAACGUCUCCACAACGGAGCCCGACGAUGGCGAAAUACCAGAGGGUCUAGUAACUGCUCGACUACAGAAGUUCUCAAAGCAACCUUCUACGUGUGUAGUGAGCCGCAAGCCAUCACCUCUAGGCGCGAGGGAACGCGGGAGCACUUGGUCCGGCUAG